AAGCAAAGGAAGUCUAUAUCCCGCUGUUUCAGAGAAUUAAUGCUAUCAUUGCAUGUCAAGUUGUACUAGGUGAUAUUCGAGAGGACAAUGUCAGUCACCUCUACAUUCCCGACCGUAUCUAUGCAGACCUGAGUCGUAUUACCAGGUGACGGCACUUGGACAUCGGGUAAGCGAUGUUCAACGUGCGUCGUGACUCGUGAGCAGGUUGAACAAGCAAGUUGGACUGCCAUGUACGUACGUAGAGUCUAUAAAGUCAAGUGCGGCGCCAGCUUGGAGACUCCAUUUCCCCCCAACAUUGCAACCUUUCGCCGUUCAGAUAUGUCAGGACUUUUGGAGAAUAACAUGGAAAGAAGCUUCUUCCCAAGACACGUUCCGACGUACCUCCAGAUACCAACCGACUCUUGCAGAUUCUUCCUCCGGAAGCAUUUGAAGGCGGAGCUUGACGCUGUUCAGACACUCCCAGAGGACGACCUGAGCUUGUUAUCCACCUUGGUACACUCCCUAAGUCUCGGAGAGCCAGAAGUAGAAGACCGUGACCAUGCACUACUCUCACAAAAUCGGAAGAUGACCUGUGGUUUAUUGCCCUCCGUCUAUUGAUGUUUACGGUCCUUUGUUGUACGAGACGAAACGCUCAUCUAUGAACGAUAAAAAUUAGUUCAGCCACCAACAACAAUACUGUACAAGAUGGAUGCUAUGAGGAA